CGGCUCUCGGGUCCUGUGGCUGUAGGUGAGUCAGUCGCAGUGUGAUGAGUGAGAGGCAGCAGCACCUCGGUGCAGGAUGAGUGUGAGUAAAGGAGCUGUAGUGUGUGGAAUCUCCUCGUGGGUCUGCUCCUCCAGCUCUCAGAUCUCAGACAUCAUCACCACUGUACCAGAACCUCAGCAACCCCAACAGCAGCACCAGGGGGGAGAUCAGCAGGAUGUAGAGGAUGAGCUCGGCCCUGCUGCACAGUGGGAACCUGUGUGUUUGGAGCGUGCUGAGGAGGGGUCACCGUGUGUCAUCACGCUGCUGUGUAAGCCUGAUUCGGGGGCUGUUAUCAGCAGUAUUGUGGUGGUGAGUGAGGCGCGCACCGUGGAGGUGUACUCUCUCUCUGGAGAUUACUGCGGUACCUGUCGGGGGGAGGAGGACCACCGAUGGAACAAUGACGGCUCUGAGGAAAAAAGGCCUUUCUACAGGAGUCAGGUGGUGCUGGAAAGUCCUGUUGCAUCCUGCGAAGUAAAGAUGCUUUCUUUGGGUGGGCGCUCAAAUGUAGCUGUGGCCCAACUGGGCGUGGGGUUGCGGUUUCUCCAGGCCACUCACUGUCCGCUGAGCACAAGCCCAGGCAUCGACCUUCAGCGCGUCCAAGCCAUGAUGGAACAGAUGGGCACCACCCUCUCACCAGGAGCACAGAACCUGAUGGAAAUGGUGCAGAUCCAGCAAAAGAAUAAAGCUGAUGUCCUUGGUGGAUUCCUGCCUCUUCUUAUGGGUGGAGGUGCACUGGCCUGUCUGGCCAAGGGCUUGCCAUUCGCCCAAGAGUCCAAAGCUGUGGGAGAAACGGACUCUCAGGGGGCAGAAGCACCGGCAGAUGGAAACCCAGGACAUGGAACCCAUCCUCCUUCCUCCUUCAGCAACCAGAGCGGUGUUCCAGACGCUGUGUCAGCCCUGCUAGCUGCUCAGGCCGGCCAGCAGAGCCCAGUUAGCUCUGACCUCCUUCCUGUGCUGCAGAGCGUGUGUGGUCAGGUCACUCAGCUCCGUCUGGACGCGGUAAACUCGCCGGAGAAGAGGAGGAACGGAGACCGGGAGGACCACAUGUGCUGUGGAGGUCUAGAAAAAGCUAUGGAGAAGGUUGUGGAGAAACGCAUGGAGGAGCUGGAAAAGAGACUGAAGGAGCACAUGGACCAGCGGCUGGACGCCCUUCAGCAGAAACUAGAGCUCACGCUUAAGCAGGCCCUCACACACAUGCCCAACCCUGAAUAACCACCCACUGCUCUAUUAACCAGGAGACACUAAAUUAGCAUGAACUCCUAAUAACACAGUGGGUUUUGCUUUUUAUCAGGGGAGGCCUGACUCUAACAGCAGUGGUUUGAAGGAGCGAACUGUUGCUAACCUUUUACCGUUUGACUUUCAGAGAUAUGGCUAAUUGCUGCAGACCUUCACGGUUUGAUUAACUCCAUUGUGAAACGUUUGAGAAGCCAUGUUGGCUCAAAAUGCAGAGGAGACGCUAAUCUGCACUAACGGUCACUGACUACGGUUUGUUACUGAAGUGAUUGGAGCUAAGUGUUCACUGACUGUUCACAGUGAGUGGUAAACGCAGACUUAAGCUGUGCACUAACUGUUCAUUCACAACUGUCAUUGUGUUUGCUUUAGUUUUUUUGUGUACCUGACUCAGAAUAUAUUACCGUCCAUGUGUAUUUAUCAAUGCUGCUAUGUAGGGCUGGCCCGAACAGCAUUUUACACCCAUUAAAAAACUCAGGAUUUCAGUUCAAAAGCACAAAUGGCUUUACCUUUUAAAGUUAACUGUAAUGUUAAACGUGUUUACCAGUUAUUUUCAGUUGGUGGCAGUUUAAUGCAAUUAAUGUGGCUGAAAAAUGAUAAUUACCAAAUAGAGAAGUGCAAAACCAUUAUAACAAACCAAAAGAUGAUGUAUUGUGUAUUGAAAUAAUUCGGGCCAGCCUUACCACUUUAAAACUCUUUAAAACUUGUUUCUUAUAUGACAUUGACUCUAAGCAUACUUCUGCUCCUAUUAACACUUUGUAAACCUGUUUUUCAUGCUUCUGGUUACUGCACUGAACAUGCUGGCAGCCAUCUCGUUUCUGAGAUCUGUACCCGGCUUCUCUAAAUUCAAUUUUCACAUUUACUAAACUCUUCAGUUGAAUGUCAGGUUGAAUCUAAAGUGUUAAAGCAGGUAAAAAAAGAAAAAAAGGGAAUCUGCUGUUUUGGUCAUCAAAGGUUUUUAUUUGAAAGAACUGUCAUUUAAAACGUUGUCAUUCAUGUGUUUUGACUUGAUUUGUCGUUGAUGUUCUCUUAAUUAAUGGUUUUCAUAAAACAACUAAGGACAAAAAAAAGAUGAAUUACUGUUAAUAAAGUUUAACUUAAUCUGUGUGAAAUCUUUUACUCUCCUAGAACCUCUCAAAUUAAAUUUUUUCCCCAAAAUUCUGCAGAAUUACUGUAUUAAACAAACUCGUUAAAAGCUGCUGAGGCUGUGCAUUAAACCACAUACAGUACUAGUACUAUACUAAACAAACUGGGGUAUGUUCUAAUGUGCUAAUGGUGGUAUUCUAUGCUCCAAAUUUACUUCACAGGUGUAAAAAAAAAAACACCCAUAGACAUGUAUCUAGUUUCUGACUGAGUGAUUGAUAAAUAAACUAAGCCAUAUCUAUUACUUCCAUAUGCAGCUCUGGAAAAAAAUAAGAGACCACUUAAAAAUUAUGAGUUUCUUUGAUUUUACCAAAUUGAAAACCUCUGGAAUAUAAUUAAGAGGAAGAUGGAUGAAAAAAAGCCAUUAAACCAAAGUGAACUGCUUGAAUUUUUGCACCAGGAGUGAAAGCAUAAAGUAAUCCAAAAGCAGUGUGUAAGACUGGUGGAGGAGAACAUGCUAAUACGCAUGAAAACUGUGAUUAAAAACCAGGGUUAUUCCACCAAAUAUUGAUUUCUGAACUCUUAAAACUUUAUGAAUAUGAACUUGUUUUCUUUGCAUUAUUUGAGGUCUAAAAGCUCUGCAUUUUUUGUCAUUUCAGCCAUUUCUCAUUUUCUGCAAAUAAAUGCUCUAAAUGACAAUA